UCAUUUAAACAACGUUUGGUCUGAUUGGUAGAUGUGGCUUUGUGACGCAAAACUAAUGUUUAGCAGCUAAGGGGUGAAGUUAUCAUAUUCUAUGAACAUUAAAUUAAUUAUCUGAAAAUGUUUUAUAUCUAAAGUGAUUUCUUUAUUUUCACUAGAUCCAAUCAAAUUAUUGGACGUUUGGUAGGUGCCAAAUUGUAGCUCCUAACCCUACAUUGUCUCAGUAAAUUAUUGUGGCUUCCGUUUUGCAACUGACGUUAGCUAGCUUUUACAACUGGACAAAAGAAAGACAAACGGUAACUGGUUGUCUCUGGACCUUGUUGUGUAGCCUUGUUUCAACGGAGGAAAGUCUACAUUUAGCUUGACAUUUCGGAUAUAGAGCCAACUUGGGCUCGUUGCUAUUCAACGUCUGGCUGAUGAGAUAAAUAGCAUUGCUUCGAAAAUGAAAACUGAAGUCUCAACAGCGGCCAGCUUUGUUGCCAGAUUGCUGAGAGCAACUGGAUACUUGUCGGAAGACCUACUGAAAGUGUUCACCCAUUCCUUGGAGGAAGCUUUAGCAGAGCACUACCAACACCACUGGUUCCCCCAGGCUCCAUGCAAAGGCUCGGGGUACAGAUGUCUCAGGAUCAACCACAAAAUGGACCCCUUGAUUGGCCAAGCAGCUUGCACCAUUGGACUCACUCGAGAACAACUCUUCUCACUCCUGCCCAGUGAACUGACGAUGUGGGUCGAUCCGUACGAGGUGUCCUAUCGGAUAGGAGAGGAUGGCUCCAUCUGCAUCCUCUACGAGUCCACUCCACCAGUGCCAACUAAUGCCAACACAACAGACAUGGUCAGCUGCAAGGAAGAACUGAGAUUUGGAAGGCCAAGCCCCUCCAAUUCGUUCAUGAUGACCGUAUCAAGCUAAUAUUUUUUUUUAUGUUCAGAGCUUUCUCUGUGCACUACUGUAUCAGUUCUGCCCCACAUGUGGAUGUUAUUAAGACAUUAAAAGGGAUUCUUAGGGAUUUUGCCAAUAAGGCUCUUUUUCUACUUCCCUAGUGUCAGAUUAACUCGUGGAUACCAUUUCUAUAUAUCUGUGUCAGGUAUGAAGGAAGUUAAAGCUAGUUUUGUAAGCCAAUGGUAACUAGUGUUCGCACAAUGACUGGACAAUUUGUUUAUGGGUAUCUGUUAGCAUGCUAGCAGAUACCAUAGACUUCCAGUCAUUAGCAACUUCCUUCAUACUGCAUGCAGAGACAUAAAUGGUACCCAUGAGAUCAUCUUACUCUGGGGAAGUAGAUAAAGGGUUUCAUGGCCAAAACCCCAAAGUAUCCCUUUAAAGAUUUGAGUAUUACUGCCACACCCUGUUUGUUGUGACUCGUGAAAAUGCUAAAUUGUUUUCCGUUAGUUCCAUGAUCUGUAACUGAAGUACUGUCCUGAAGCAAAAAUUGUAUAGAUUUAUAUUACAAUUAGUUGUAUUUGUAAUAAAUUCCUCAAAAGCAACUGUUCCUCUAUCAACAAUGGACUCGUGUUGGGCAGGAUCAUGUGUUCAGUAGGCAUGAAAAUGCAUGUUCUUAUUGGACAUUCAUUCCUCCUGUUCAGUGCCCACUGAACACAACCCAGUUGAUUGUGGCGUCUGUAUGUUAGAGGGUAAGGCUGCCAUUGUAAGCUCAGGUGUAUUCAUUACGCCAAUUGUUGCUAAAUGUUCUGCAACAAACCAUUUGCUACAAAACAAGUUUCUAUUGGAUAAAUUCUGGUAGGUCCCUCCUUGUUUCAUUCUGUUUGCAGUUGUUUGGAUAGUAAACCAUUUCUGUUGAAAGAAGCAAUGAAUACACCCCAGGUGUUGAUCAGGUUGAAGAUAAGUUGUUAGAUGGCGGGAUAUUUAGGUCACUUGGAGCCUGAGCUGCAGCUGACUUAACAUACUGACCCCACGUAUUAUCAGAUUGUAUUAGAGGUUCUGAUCUUCCAUCCCUUCACGAAAGGCAAAGGAGCAGUGACAAGCAUGUUUGACCACUCCAACUUAGGGGUCAGUAUCGCAGGCACUCAGUUGAUUUAUGAAUAAAACAGAUUUUGUAAUGAUAGAGAAGAGUGAAAUGGUGGCAAGGAAAUGAGCACAGGAGGAGCACAAUGGACGGUGUAACCCUACACCUGCAAUGAGGUUGAGAAAUUGCAUUUCUAGUCUGUAAAGAGCAAAAAGAAUUGACUAAGACGGACAGUAAUUGGUCAGGAAGAAAACCAGCACACACUCAAGGAAUGAAGCUUGGGAAGUAAACUGAAGCUUCAGAUUCUCAUCGACAAAGCAGAUGUAUGAUAAACAGCUGCUAGCAAUUGUAGAAUACUUUUUAGGGGAACAUAUUUGCCGUUGCAUACCAUCAGAGAUGACUUUUUCUUUUGGUUUGGUAUUUCCAUCUACAGUUAUUUCCAUCGACUGCUCUCAAUGGGAGUGAAACAAUAUGCUUUUGUCUAAAACAAAUAAUUGAUCAGUAAUAAGCAUAAUAUAAAAUUUUAAAAAGCA